AGAUAACAGUUUUCGACGCGGUCUGGCAUUGAACUAAAAUCAAUUUAUUGGUAAAUUUGAUAGCAAGCGCUUCGCUAACUUGACGGCGGAGUCUGGUAAAAUAUCCACAGGUAUUGAACGCUUUGUAACAAAGAAAACCUGCGUAAACAUUAUUUAGUGGUAAAUAUAGUGAGAACAGAAAGUUUACACAAGAAGUUGCUCUCAACACCUCAAGUAUAGUUUGACGACAAAAGGAAAUAAAUAUGAAUGUGGAACAGGAGGUAUUGAAAAAGAACUCAAAUGGACCAAAUGACAGUCUGUCGCGGAAAACACUGAAGUAAAGAAAACAUUUAAAAAUCAAGAAAAUUUGCAACGACACACAGAAGUCCUGGGUUCGGAACCGGCGAUAGAACUCACAAACCUCAUGAUGGAGAGUGACUCAGAUGAAGAAGUUGUUCCACAGUCUGAGCGGACACCACUCAGACGCCGGGAAAAUUUUGAAGAAAUGGCAUCAUGCCCAUCUAACCUAUACAGUGCUAGCGGCCACACGAAUGAAGUACUUUUAGAAAGAUCAAAUACUGCAAAAGGUGUUCUCUACACAACUUAUAAAGAUGAGGCUACAGCGACAGUUAUUAAAACUGGAGUCGUCAACAAGGAAACAAUCAUGGCUGCAAGGGCAUCUAGUCCCUCCUCAAUCUACCAUAUCCCAGGAGCAACCUUCACACAACGACCUUCCAUUGAUGUCAAGGUCAGAUCCUUGUCAUAUACUGUAAAUCCUGCCUCGUUGUCAUGGUGGCAGAAGUUGUCAACCAUGCAGUUACCAUGGGAAUGGGUGGACAGCUCAGAACCCCAGCAAGUGCUCAAUAAUGUGUCUUUCUCCAUAAACAGUGGUCAGAUGUUGGCAAUUAUGGGAAAUUCAGGUAGCGGAAAGACAACGUUACUGGAUGUGAUAGCAUGUCGUACAGAGGGUGGAGGGCUGAUUGCAGGGGAUGUGUAUCUGAAUAAUGUGGCACGCACGAGUACCAUGGUGCGCGGUUGCUCGGCUUAUGUGAGACAAGAUGACAGGCUGCUCCCACAUCUGACUGUCAAAGAAACUCUUAUGUUUGUUGCACAGCUAAAGCUUCCCACCACAUUUACAAAUGCACAGAUUAGAAAAAGGGUGGAAAGUGUCAUCAACGAGCUUGGGUUAAGUCAUGUAGCUGACAGUAAAGUAGGAGGAGCUGAGGAUAGGGGUGUGUCAGGUGGAGAGCGAAGGCGUGUCAGCAUUGGGGUACAACUACUUCUCGAUCCUAGUAUAUUGUUUCUUGAUGAACCUACAUCUGGUCUGGAUUCCUUCACCGCCCAUCACCUGGUAGAGACUCUGGCAAAACUUGCCAAAAAUAACCGUACCGUGUUGUUAUCUAUACAUCAGCCGAGGUCUGAUAUAUUUGAACUGUUCGACAUGGUACUGGUUCUGUCGAAGGGCGAGAUGGCGUUCUAUGGCCAGGCAUCAAAUAUGGUCAAUUACUUCAGUAAUCUGGGUCAUCCAUGUCCAGAGUUCACAAACCCAUGUGAUUUCUAUGUUGACCUCGCAACAAUCGAUCCCACGUCAGAGGAGACUGAAAGAAGUAGUACAGCGAUGGUUGCUACACUAGUGCAAGCUUACAAGGACAGUCAGAAAGAGUUGAGUGGAAGCGGCUCCAGCAGCAAAGACAAGGAAGAGAAAAACAAAGAACAAUGGCCAGUCUUAGCAAUGUUCAGAAAUCUAGAACAUCAACCAGGACCACUGAGACAGUUCUGGAUUCUCUAUAGACGAUCGACAAGAAAUAUUGUUGAAGAUUAUGGUUACCUAGCAACCCAGUUUAUCCAAGCUGUUGCUAUGUCAGUGGUUGUUGGGUUUGUUUAUUUCAAUCUCGGUCAUGACCAAUCAUCAGUGAGGGAUAGAUUCGGAAUGAUGUAUAUUAUUGGUGCCUUAUAUCCAUACAUGGUCGUAUUAGAUCUCAUAGGACUAUAUCACAAAGAGAGAUCAUUUCUAUACUUCGAACUCGAAGACAGGCUUUACGGAGUGACGCCGUACUACUUUGCAAAGAUAUUUAGUGAGUUACCAUUUCAUACGUUCUUUGUGGCGGUUUAUGCGGUACCGGUGUACUUUAUAGCGGGGCUCAAGUUGAAUGUGGAAGACUUUCUAACAGUGUUCGCUAUAUUGUUCCUGCUUGUAUACUGUAGUAGAACUCUGGCUAUGUUUUCCGCUGCAGUUAUGCCUACAUUCCAGUUAGGAUGUUUCUUUGCACAAACUUUUUUCUCCAUGUACAUUAUGUCAGCAGGGUUCUUUAUCAAUCUGGAUAAUAUAUUCGAUGGUUUGAAAUGGGUGUCUUCAGUGUCCUAUCUUAAGUGGGGCUUUCAGGCAUUGUGUAAAGUACAAAUUCAAAGCCUGGACUUUAGCUGUGCUGACGCAAUCCCGGGCUCAUGUAUCAAAAACGGAACUAUGGCGCUAGAAAGUUAUUCACUACAAGGAAAUUCUGUGUGGGAGGCAUGCGUUGUGAUGGGUUCUUCGUGUAUCAUAUACUUGAUUUUAUUCUUUAUAGGAAUGAGAUUUGUACCCCAAAAGCCUCAUGAAAUGUAGUCCUAAUUUUACUUUUGAUUCAGCUUUGUGUUUGCAACAAACAAAUGUGGCGUUGUUUAUAGCUGGCUGUAGAGAAAUGUUACAGGUACAGGGAGCAGACGACAUAUAUCUGCAGGUAUCAGAAAUGUCAAAGAUAUUCUAGAAGGUAGAGCUGUUUCUGUUAUUAAAGUGGGACCAUAUCGAAAAUUUCGUGCUUUUUAAAGUUGUUUAUUUAUUCAAAAAGUAAAUCGUGAUUAUGUAGUAUUCCAUAAGGAGACGAGUAGAUUUGCUAUGUUUUAUUUGUAAUUUGAUAUUGAAAGCAUAAAUCAUCCGCACGUACUAUAAUCACACCAACUGUAUUUGUAUCCUCAAAUUACUAUUUAAUUCUUACAUGUACAGUUUCGUUUUUAUAUAUUUUGAUUUGUCAAAUAUUGCUUUUUUGUACAAGUUACAAACUAACUUGACUCUAAAAGGGUAGAAUCUUCCACCAACGUGCGGCUGUAGAAACUAUAAUAUCACAACGGCAACCCCUCUUACAUGGAGGGAUGACGUACUAAACAAGCGCGACUGCAAUCAGCGCAGAGUUAGAAAAAUAUACAGCAGUUUUAUAAAUAUGAGAAAAGAAUGGCGUUUUGUACAGUAUCAUUUUUACUCACUAAGAUACAAAGUUUCGGGCGGUUUCUAUGUAAACGUCCUUCUUUGUGUACACUUAGUCUUAUUUUUCACAUUUAGCACAAACAUUAUCAUUUGAUAUUUAUUUCUUUUUUAUUACUUCAGUUUUUGUAUACUCAGUUUAUUUAACAUUCUGUUCAUAAGACAAUGCAAAUAUCAAUGCAAAGAUAUAUAUAAUAGUCAUAUUCCUCUAACUGAUUUAUUUUGAAUGAUUUAUGUGGACGUUGAUUUCUUUUAUUAACUUGAAAUAAGACUUUAUUUUGUGAACAGUUCUACGUGGUAUUGAGAUUUCCGGGUUUAUUAUAACUGAGAACGUAACGUCUUUUGUAUAAAGUAUAAUGCUUUGCGCAUUUACUUAGAGGAUAAUGUACGAGUGUCAUAUUUCGUAUUGACUUUAUUAAACUAGUUGAAUACAUGAAUAAAACGUGGAGUUCUUUUAUCUGUUUUAUUCGACUAAUACCAAAAAAGUAUUGAGGCUUUGUUUCUUAAGUAUGAGAGAUGUAAGUUAUCAAGAAAUUCAUUAAAACCUGUUAAACUCUAUGUACUUUUACAUUAAAUGAAUGCCGCAUACUUUAUACUAUCCCCUGUAAUGUGCAACUCCGGCUUAUUUGGUAUACGAAACAGUCAUAGAUAUACCACACUCACUUUAGAUACAAAAUGACAAAAAAUAAGAUUUUUUUCCAACGAUUAAACUUCGUAGCACGCGACGGAAAAUUAAAGUAAUCAGCGACCUCUACGAACAGAUCAAUUUCUGUAAACUCUGGUACUGUCAAUCAAAAUCUGAAAUUGUUACUUAUCAAGUUUUUAGUGUAUUUAAUAUCUUGUUGUCGCCAUUUAUCAUCGAUGACUAUGAUAGAAUUAAUUAUUUAUAUAUAAUAAUUGCUCUUGUAUUUGUAUCAGUGUACAAACUGAGUGUUACCAAUAAAAUCUAAAUCUUAAAUCGAAUUUAACCGUCAUACCAGUUUGUGAAGAGCUCAUGCUCUCUUUUGUUAUGUUUCGUUUAGAGUUUCUUAAAUCAUUUCAUUGUAUCAGUCUAAUUUUUGAAAUGUGCAGGCACAGCAUUUGUUUGUUUUAUUUUUUUUAGUUCGACAGUAUGAUCUUCCAAACAAAACAAAGUAUAACUUUCUACACUUUGGGCUUGUGUGUAAUAUUAUUAAUUAAGUAAUAAGAAUGUAGACUGAUAUCUGUAUUUAACUAUGUCAUGAUUGUUGGUCGGAGGAAUAUUGUCAAACUCUGAAGCGUUAUAUUUAUUUCUGUAAACAUAGUUAUAUCGCAUUGGGAUACAUCAUGAAUGAUCGUGGAAAUAUGUUUAAAACAGCGGGGACUGGUAUCUAUUAUAUGAAAAUACAUCGAGAGGCUUUAAAUGUUUCUUACGUGUUCGGUGUUCGGUCCUCGGACAUUAAUUUUUUGUUUGUUUUACAAUGGUAAACAUUCCUGUUUUCUACAAGUUUCUCGUCACAAGAUAUGUUGUUGUUCUAGUUGUUUGAUUACAUUUGUUGAUGAUUGUUUAUAAAAUAAAUUGUUGAUCAAUGGAA